AUGGCCACAGGGAAUCACUCCACAGCUGUAUUCAUCUGGGUGGGUUGGCCCCGCAGCCUCUUGCCCCUGUUCCGGGGCAUCUGUGCAGUGACAGCAACGGGGAGCUUGGCCGUGGUCCUCCUGAUCGCUGUCAGCCCUCCGCUCCACACCCCCACGUGCUACUUCCUCAGCAGCUUGUCCUCCAUUGAUCUCUGCUGCUCCUCGGUCACUACCCCCAAAAUGCUGGUGAACUUUCUAGGGAGGAAGAAUGAGAUCCUUUAUUCUGAAUGCAUGACACAGCUCUUUCUCUUCGUGAUCUGGGGUGCUGAGGGUCACCUCCUGACCGCGAUGACAUGCGACAGCUACGCUGCUAUCUGCAACCCACUGCUCUACAGUGUGCUCAUGUCCUCUAGGGUCUGCUGCCUGCUCGUGCAGGUUGCCUUUAUCCUGGGCUUUCUGCCUGCCCUGACCCAUAUGGGCGCCAUGAUGAAACUGUCCUGCAAGUCCCACCCCAUCAGCCAUCACUUCUGGGACGGCCUUCCUCUUCUCCACCUUUCCUGCUCCAGUACACACCUCAAUGAGCUUCUGCUUUUCCUCAUUGCAGGACUUAACACCUGGGUGCCUACCCUAGCUAUCUUCAUGUCCUACGUCUUCCUCUUCCACAGCAUCCUUCGCAUCUGGUCCUUGGAGGGACGCUCCAAAGCUUUCGGAACUUGCAGCGUCCAUCGUGUGGCUGUGGGGGUCUUCUUUGGGUCUGUCACAUUCCUGUACUUCAAGCCCCGCUCCAGCAAGUCCCUGGAACAGGAGGAGGUCUCCUCAGUGUUUUACACCGCAGUGAUCCCCUUGCUGAACCCUUUGAUAUUCAGUCUGAGGAGCAAGGGUGUGAAGGAAACCCCGAGGAAGGUUUCGGUGAGGAAAUGUUUUGCUUCUGGGAAUGUAGGGACUAGAGAAAUAGAGAGUCCAAUGAAAAGAUGCUCCUGA